GCCGAGACUGGCAGUCCGUCCCUGCACCCUGCCUGCUCGCAAUGCCAUUGCGUCGCGCUGUCCUUCUCAAGACUGGGGGGCAAAAAGGCACAUUAACGCGAACUUAGCGGGACAUACGAAAGGGAUAGAGACGCCGCUUCUUGAUGCAUUGGAGUGACAACUCGUCUAUGGGGAUCCGACGCGACAGAUAAAGCACUAUUAAGCCGUGCAACCUGCACUCGGUUUGUUGUCGUUACGCAGCGGUGACCGCCGUCGCGAGAAUCCUAAUCAUCAGACUGGACUGUCCCGGCAUCCGUGCAUGGAUGCAUCAUGGCCACUUUUGUGUGCAGGGUUCAGUUUUUAGAUGACACCGAUCCGUUUAACAGCACCAACUUCCCCGAACCGACGAGACCACCUCACUACACCUUCAGGGAGGAUAUUCCUCUAAUAAACCAGAUCGCCGGAAUCCAUCGGCUUCUCAGAGCGCCGCACAAGCUUGAUGACUGCGCCCUGCAGCUGUCCCACAAUGGCACCUACCUGGAUCUGGAGUCCAGUCUGGCGGAGCAGAGGGAUGAGCUGGAAGGCUUCCAGGAGGAUUCUGGGAGGGGCAAGAAGCACAGCGUGAUCCUGCGUACCCAGCUGUCCGUUCGGGUCCAUGCCUGCAUCGAGAAACUCUACAACUCCAAUGGACGAGAGCUAAGAAGAGCUCUAUUCUCCCUGAAGCAGAUCUUCCAGGAUGACAAAGACUUGGUCCAUGAGUUUGUCAUGGCCGAGGGCCUGACGUGUUUAAUAAAGGUGGGAGCAGAAGCGGACCAGAACUACCAGAACUACAUCCUCAGAGCCCUGGGACAGAUCAUGCUCUAUGUGGACGGAAUGAACGGGGUCAUAGGUCACAGCGAGACCAUCCAAUGGCUCUACUCCCUCGUCGGAUCGAAGUUUCGCCUGGUGGUGAAGACCGCACUGAAGCUGCUCCUGGUCUUUGUCGAGUACGCUGAGGCCAACGCCCCUCUGCUCGUCCAGGCCGUCGACGCCGUGGACACCCAGAGAGGGCACAAGUUAUGGUCCAACGCGAUGGAGAUCCUGGACGAGAAGGACGGAGUGGACACGGAGCUGCUGGUUUACGCCAUGACCCUGAUCAACAAGACGCUGUCAGGCCUCCCAGAUCAGGACUCCUUCUAUGACCUGGUGGAUGCGCUGGAGGAGCAGGGAAUGGAGGCCGUGGCCCGGAGGCACCUCAGCAGGAAGGCGACAGACCGGGACUUGGUGGAGCAGUUCAACAUCUACGAGACGACCCUGCGGCAUGAAGACGGUGAUGACGAUACUCAGCCGCCUCCCGCCGGAUGCAAGGAUCGUAGGCGGUCCAGCGUGGGCGGCGGCAGUGAGCGACGAGGCCUGGAGCGGCGUCGCAGCCGGAGGCACUCCCUGGGACGCAACUCGGCACCUGCCUCCCCUGGCGGCCCAAAUGCUCCGGCGCACCACCCCCUGGCAGGCCAGAGCUCUCUGGACGCCAGCGACAGAGUGCGCCGGGGCCACGACACGCUUCACCUUCCCAUGAUCGAUGCCGUCCCUGUGGCUCCAUUAUUAGACACGGUCAGGGAUAUUUCACAGCCAGGUUUGCCCUGUGGGGACGCGGCCGACUUUGAAGCCGCGACUGCUCCCGAUCAGGAGGAAGGGACGGUGGAUCGCUCCCCUCCUGACUGGCCCGAUUCAGCCCAGCCGUCCAUCCUAGCGUCCCUGCUGGCCCAGCGGAAAUCUUCCAUCAGUGUCCCGCCCUUGUCAGAGGCGGCCCCCUGCCUGCGAGGGGCCGUGUCCCCCUCGCCGGAGCACCUGCCCUACCUCCCGCACUCCCCCUUCCAUCUCUUCUCUUACGACUUUGAGGAGGGGGAGGUCACGUCCACUUUGCCCAAGGCUGGACAGAUCGCGUGCAGACACCCUGGCGUCAGCGGCCCCUCCCCUUGCAGGUCCUACUCCGCGCUCAGCCCCCCCCCCACGCCUACCACCCGCUAUGGGACGUCAGUGUCUCCAUCACUGGAGUCCAACAAUGACAGGGCGGUCAUGGGGAACUUGCUGUCCUCCUCGUACCGGCAGCACCAGGAGUCCCUGGCGGCCGAGCGGGAGCGCCGGCGGGUGGAGAGGGAGGAGCGGCUGCUCCGCAUCGAGCGCGAGGAGAGGAACCGCUUCAGCCGGGACUUUGCAGACAAGAUGGAAGAAGCAAGGCAUGCAAGGGAGGAGAGGUACAAGCACGUGGAGCGGAUCGCCGCUGAGGAGUACGAGCGGGAGCGGGUGAAGGUGCCCCCCAAGGGUCGCGGUGAGCUGAACCUGAGCCUGAGCCCGACUCGUGGCGGCGGGUCGUCCCGGAGCACCACACCGUCAUCCAUCGAGUCACAGGAAGAGUCGGAGACUCCGCCCACCGCUGGCCUGCCUUCAGAGAGAGAAACAGCUGGUGAAGCCGAUUCAAUUGCUGAAGGGGAAACUGAAGCCUCAUUAGAUGUGGAGCCAGAGGUUUCAGCCUCAGGACUCGAGGGUGAGCAGGAACCAGACCAGGAGGAGGAAGAGGAAGACGGUGAGUUCAGAUCCAAAGAUGGAGACGGGACAGGUGCUGUGAACGAAAGGAGUGGGGAAGCAGAUUUGGAGGCUGAUCAGGAGGCCUCGCCUGAACGUGAGACUGAGGACAGCGCCGUCUUGAGUGAGAAGGAGCGGCAAAAUGAGGAGGUGAAUGAGAAAGAUAACUGCUCGGCCUCCAGUAUCUCCUCUGCCAGCAGCACUUUGGAACGGGAGGAGAGACUCAAUAGCAGCCAUGAAACAGCAGGACAGUGGACACAGGGAAUUAAGGACGUGGAUGUGAAUGAACAGUGCAACACCAUCCUCACCAGCAAGCGCUUCAUGCUAGACAUGCUGUAUGCACAGAACAAGAAGCCUCUGGAGAAUGACGAAGAAGAGGAAGAAGAGGAGAGCGAGAAGGAGAAGGGCCAGGAGAACGAGGACUCGACCCCACCUGCACAGUCCAACAGGACGUCCAGCAUGGGGGACAGCUGUCAUGAUGAGAACGGGAAGGACGUGGACACUUUGAAUGUAGAUAACCAGGGCAGCGUCCGGGCCUUCGCAGAGAAGUUCGGAGACCUGGUCAAGGGACUGGUGUCGCCGCCAUUGCCAGAAAGUUCUGAGAAACAGUUGACAACAGAGAAGCCUGCACUUGCCCCCCUGCCGCCCAAAAAGGAGUCAGAUUACAUCUGGGACCAGCUGAUGACCAACCCACGGGAGCUCCGAAUCAGGGACAUGGACUUCACGGACCUCGGUGAGGAGGAUGACGCGGAUAUCUUGGACACUGGCAGUGUGAUGGGAUCGGGGGAGGGGCUUCCACCGCCACCCCCACCUCCAACCUUCUCCAUCCUGCCGCCUCCUCCCCCGCUUUUCGGCUGCCCGCCGCCUCCCCUUAUCCCCGGCAUGAGAUUUCCACCUCCACCACCGUCCUCCACCCCUGCCCCUCCCCUACAGCCCCACCUGGGCUCCCCACAGUUUGCUCGUGGUGAACCUCCAGUCUUCCAUAAGAAAAAGAAAACCAUUCGGCUGUUCUGGAGUGAGGUGAGGGCAGCUGACUUCUCAUUCCGGAACCAUAAACGCUACCGGGAUUCACUGUGGGCCAAAAUGGAACCAGUCAAGGUGGACACAUCCAAGCUGGAGCACCUGUUUGAGACUAAGUCCAAGGAGAUGCCUGUCACCAAGAAAACAGCAGCGGAUGGCAAGCGUCAGGAGAUUAUCGUCUUGGACUCCAAGCGGAGCAACGCCAUCAACAUUGGGCUGACGGUGCUGCCGCCCCCUCGCACCAUAAAGACGGCCAUCUUGAGUUUUGAUGAAUACGCUUUAAACAAAGAGGGAAUUGAGAAAAUCCUGACCAUGAUCCCCACAGAGGAGGAGAAGCAGAAGAUCCAGGAGGCGCAGCUGGCCAACCCGGACGUUCCCCUGGGCAGCGCCGAGCAGUUCCUCCUCACCCUGUCCUCCAUCAGCGAGCUCUCCGCCCGCCUGCAGCUCUGGGCCUUCAAGAUGGACUACGAGGUCAUGGAGAAGGAGGUGGCUGAGCCUCUCCAGGAUCUGAAGGAAGGUAUGGACCAGCUGGAGAACAACAGGACGCUGCAAUACAUCCUGUCCACAUUGCUCUCCAUUGGCAACUUCCUCAAUGGAUCAAAUGCAAAGGGCUUUGAAUUGAGCUACCUGGAGAAAGUUCCAGAAGUGAAGGACACGAUCCACAAGCAGUCUCUGCUGCAUCACGCCUGCACCAUCGUGGUGGAAAAGUUCCAAGACAGCACAGACCUCUACUCGGAGAUUGGAGCCAUCACCCGCUGUGCCAAGGUGGACUUUGACCAACUGCAAGAGAACCUGUGUCAGAUGGAACGCCGGUGCAAGGCAUCGUGGGAUCACCUGAAGGUGAUCGCCAAGCAUGAAAUGAAGUCGGUACUGAAGCAGAAAAUGUCGGAUUUCCUGAAGGACUGCGCCGAGAGGAUCAUCAUCCUGAAGAUCAUACACCGCAGGAUCGUCAACAGGUUUCAUGCCUUCCUGCUAUUCCUGGGCCAGCCCGCCUAUGCCGUGCGUGAGGUCAGCAUCCAGCGAUUCAGCAAGACUGUGAGCGAGUUCGCCCUGGAGUACCGCACUACGCGGGACCGAGUCCUGCAGCAGCAGCAGAAACGGGCCGACCACCGCGAGAGGAACAAGACCCGGGGGAAAAUGAUCACCGACACGGAUGAUGAAGAGGACAGCGAGGGUGGCAAGCUGAGCAGCAAUCCGUCAGCAGGGCAGGACAGCGAGCCCCAGGGCCUCCAGCACGCCGAGGACGCUGCUGAGCACGAGAACAUGAAGGCAGUGCUGAGGGGCGGCCUGCGGGGCGGCGACAGCGAGGCAGCCUCCAUGCCCGGACUCCGCAUCCGCACGCGAGCCACACGAGGCCGCUUGAGUUCAUGGGCGACAGCGAACGAGGAUUCGCCCAAUGGCACGGAGGACGCGGCGGAUGAGAUCAUGGAGCGCAUCGUUAAGUCGGCGACGCAGGGCCCGAGCCAGCGCACGCUGCCACGCGAGAGGAAGAGAUCGCGCGCCAACCGCAAGUCGCUGAGGAGGACCCUGAAAAGUGGCCUGACGCCAGAAGAGGCCCACGCUCUGGGACUGACUGGUGGGCCAGAGAUGCAGGUGUGACUCACCCAUUAACUGGGGCUCCCAGAAUGCAGCAGGAACCCAGGAGCCCAUCCUCGCCCCCAUACCCUCCCAAACCUCUCCACUCCAGCCAGCAAACGAGCCAGCCCCAUCUCCAGCCCCAUCUCCAGCCCGCCAUCACCGGCUCACCCUCCAGAUGCCCACAUCUGCCUCGAUCUUACUCCGCUGCUCCGCAGAAUCCUUGGUCUUGCUUUCAUUUUCGCUCUGUGCUGGUGUGUCACAGUGAGGCUGCAGGGGUCUAUUAAUGCUGCAACAUGGGGCUGCAGCAGGGUCAGAAAGAGAGAGGAGCCAGGUGAAUACCAUCCAUCCUGUGAGGUACCCUGAAAGGUGGAAGACCAGCAGUCUGAACCUCUGGGACUGGACCUUUGGGCUUCUAUUGGAAUUUUAGCACAAACACAAUCGACCACGAUGGUGGAAUCACCGCUCAGUGAUGUGGGGAUGUGUAUGUUCACCUGAGCCUGCCUGAUACAGUAGAGGUGUAGCUGAUACGGAAGCUUGAAAGGUUUAAAACAAACAAGGGAUUACUUUAGGUUCAUAGAGAGGGAGAUGACUGCGGCCAUUUUGUGACGUAACGCUACACCAGCACAGAGGAUGGAUAUAAAAACAAGACAGCCCUGUUCUUUGAUUACCAGAUGCCACUAACACACACGGUAGCUCCCUGCAUCCUUGUGAUUGGAGUAAGAUGUGCUGUGCAGGAUACAGUUUCGGGAUGAGUUUUGUAUCCUGCUGUACAGGCCACUAUUUCUUUGUUACUGUGACUGUGAAGGUCAGACAGGACCAAACGCACACAGAGCAACAAAACCAAAACAUCACGUGGGAUAAUCAGACCCAAGCAAACAAACCAGCAAUAACACCACUUACACAGACGUUAAUGUUUGUACUCAAACUGUGGUCAAGUUGAUAAUCUGAGUGCCCAAGAUAUGUGAAAUGAAGCCUUUAUUCUUACAUGCUGAAUCUGGUCCUGCUGGAGAUGUUUUAGAUGUUUUUCUGGACAUCAGCGCCACUAAGUGUUAGUCACCAAUACUUUCUUAGAUUUGGAAUUAACGCUGAAAGAAUGCUUUUUGAACUGUCACAUCUAAUAGUGAUGUAUUUAUGUUGGGUAUUUUGUAUUUUUAAUGUAGAAUUCCAUUACCUUUUCCGUCAAUAUUUUGGCAUUACCUGCAUUUCUACCAUUUUUUUUUCCUAUUUUUAAAUCUAGAAAUGGAAUUUCUGGAUAUGAAAAACAGAUGCAGUUGGGUUU